CAGGGGGUUUUUUUGUUUUUCUGUUUUUUUGAAAUUUUGCUGAUCUCAAACAUCAAAACCCAUUUUCAUAUAGAGAUCAAGGACUCAAAUUCUAGUACUUUAUUUUGCAUCCACAAUCCAGUGAUGAGUUGAAGCAGUGAAAUGGAGAUUCUUCUUCAAAUGCUCAAAUGCUCAUUCCUGUGCAAAGAUGAAUCCUUUUCAUUGUAAUGAACACCCGAGAUAUGGUGUUGCAAAGGACAUCGGACUAUCGCUUCAGUGGCUACCAAGUGCCCGAAGUCCCUCGAGCCUGUAGAUCCACUAGGGGGCGAGGACCUACAAGAAAGAGCGGUCAGAAUCAUUCAUUUGAUAUUUUGGCUAGUGUAGCAGGUAAAUUGUUGGAGAAGUAUGACAAUUCUUUGCAUAGUGAUGCUAGUAUUCGAAAGAACCAGCAUUACACUUGCGAUGACAUUGUUUUGAUGAAAGAAGUUGAUGAAGAACGAUUGUCAAAUGAAAAGCCUCUUGAGCCUGGAAAUUCUAGUGAAGAAACAAAUGAAAAACAAAUGCUGACUUUUGAGAUCAAUCCUACUUCAAAAGAUCUUAGUCCAUCGGAGAUAAUGAAUUAUGAUGAAAAGUUGACUAUUCUUGAUAGCAAAAAUUGUUUUGGCGAUUCGCCAUACUUUUCUGAUACAAUUGAAGGGAAAGUUCAAGGUGUGCCAUCGAGCAAACUCGACGCUGAACUCACAGAAACUAGAAGUAGUAUUAGUAUUAAGGAUGAAAUUAUCACAGGAGAUCUAAUGAAAUUGGAAGGUGAACCAUCUAAAUCAGCUGGUUCUAGAAAUGAUGAUGCACAGGAUUCUUUUUCAAAGGACUUUAAAAAUCAUUGUCCUUUCACUUCUCAUAUCACUGACGAGCAACUAGUUAGCAGAGAUGACUAUGAAAGCUGUCUUGGGCUGCCUAUGGGUAAUGCAAACAGGAGGAUAAAGAAAACUUCUGAAACCAAGGAUUGGAUAGGAGCUCCAGAUGUGAAGGAUUGCGAUUAUCGCAGGACUGAUGGUAAAGUAAAGGAGGUUUAUGAUGAUGAUGAGAAAACUUGUUAUACUCAAGAAAAAUGUCAGAAGAUUUAUCCUUUCAAGAAGAGGAAGUUCUUUUACCAUGACCCUUUACCUACAUCUAACAGAGUGUUUAACCGAGACGACGCCUUCGUUUCACCUGACAAGAGAACCGAUGGCAAAUGCUACACUUCAGCAAUCGGAGUAUCAUCGUCAAUGGCGGCUCAACAAGUAGGUCACAACUCCAAUGAGUGUAAUGUGAAGCUUAGUAUUAAAUCAUUCAAGGUUCCUGAGCUCUUCAUUGACAUCCCCACGAAUGCAACUGUCGGGUCACUGAAGAGGACGGUUAUGGAGGCUAUGACUUCUAUACUUGGGGAUGGACUACAUGUUGGCAUUCUUGUUCAGGGAAAGAAAGUUAGAGAUGAUAAUAAAACUCUAAUUCAGACUGGGAUUUCUCAAGAUAGCAACAGGUGUCAUAAUUUGGGUUUUAUCUUGGAGCCUAAACAUUCUCAAACCGCAAAGCCUCCACACAUCAAGAACGAAUCUUUACUAUCCAGAAGCAGAUCGCAGGGACUAACCAAGCGUUCCACAUGUUUGACAUCUCAACAAGGAAGUUCAAAUGUCUCCCUACGUCCUCCCAUGAAGCAUUUGAAUGGCUUUGUUGAAAAUAACGUUAGUGCAGUUCCCACAACCUUGAGUACCAGUACAAGUCCAGAGUCCAAAGCUCUGGUUACUGUUCCGGAAUUUGGUAUGGAAGCAUUGGCUGUGGUUCCUUUACGUAGAAAAUUGGGGCAUCAUGAGUGUGUGCAGCGCCGGAUCAGGAGGCCUUUUACUGUUUCUGAAGUGGAGGCAUUGGUUCGUGCGGUUGAGAAGCUUGGAACUGGAAGGUGGCGUGAUGUAAAAUUCCAUGCUUUUGACAAUGCAAAGCAUCGGACUUAUGUUGAUUUGAAGGACAAGUGGAAAACUCUGGUGCACACCGCAAGAAUAUCGCCUCAACAAAGGAGAGGCGAACCCGUUCCACAGGAGCUUUUAGACCGCGUCCUAGCCGCCCAAGCUUACUGGCUGCAUCGGCAGUCGAAGCACAGGGUAGAUUAAAAGUCUGAAGUUUUUUGCCUUCCAUGGAAAGAACAUGGAAAGAGCAGGUAGAUUUAAGAGUUUAAGGUUGGAUCAUUGGGGGGAUUGUCCUUCCUAUGUAAAGAUAAAGGACAAAAGAAAGAAAGAAGCCUUGUGUUGUACAUGAAAGACAUGUAAAAGAUGCUACUUGUGUCAUGACAUACCAAACUUUUAUUCCUUGUAAAAAGUUUGGUGGCUUGUAAAUGAUUGAUUGAGAAAUGAGG